AUGUUGGACCUAAGUAAACGCCUGACAACAUCCUACAAUGCGGAGCCCAAAAUCUGGUCAGGAGCCAGUGAACCAAGUUCCUACAGCAAUGAUCUAACAAUUGGUGAGAUUAUAUUUGAACAAUUGCAAAAGGAUCCCGAAAGAAUCUGUCAAAUUUCGCAUAGCGAGAAAACGACUCUUACUCGCUCCCAAUUAUUAGAAAAUGCGUCAAAAGUAGGUGCAUAUUUGCGACAAGAAGGAUUCAUCGAAGAAACCGACAUGGUAGCCAUACUUGCCAGGAAUACAACGCAUGUGGCAUCCUUGGCCUUUGGCUGCAUGUUCAAUGGAACGCCAUUUCAUGGAGUUCAUCCUGACGUUAUUGAGUCCAUAAUAUGUCACUCUUUUAAUAUAACAAAGCCGCGAAUAAUUUUCUGUGGUGCCCAAGACUAUGAUAAAUUAAAACAUGUGGCUGAUAAGAUGAAUAAUGAAAUCAAGCAAUUCGAAACGAAGAUGGUAAUCAUCGAUGGAAUUGUGGAAGGUGUUACAAAUAUCCUUGAUAUAUUCAAAAACCAAUUGCAACCGGAUUACAAACCCGAAAGGUUUAAAAAUGGCAUUGAUCGGAUGUUAGCCAUAAUCAACUCCUCCGGUACAACUGGCAUGCCAAAGGCAGUUACCAUUUCCAACAGUCGAAAGAUAUUUGAAUUUUAUAGAUAUCUAAGUGAAAAUGAUAUUCAAUAUUCGCCAAGUUCAUUAGACUGGGUGUCUGGUAUCAUGGUUUUAACUUCGGCGGCAGUGUACGGAACUUUACGAGUUAUUACCAAAGAAGCUUUUGGUGUUACUUCUUUUUUGACGUUAUGUGAGGAAUAUAAAAUCACUUGGACUCUGAUGUCUGCUCUUCACAUUACAAUGAUAGCAAAUAGUCCGGAGGUUAAUGCCAAGCAGUUACGUACUCUACGGUAUAUCUUAUUCGGGGGAGAUCGAUCCCUAAUCGAGACUUUAGAAAAGUUGCAAGCGUAUUUGCAAUAUGAAGGAAUUCUCCAUCAACUCUAUGGAAUGACAGAGUUGGGUUGCGGAUCCACCUGUAAUUUGGGACCUAAAUCAAAAUUGACAUCGGUGGGUCUAAUCCAGCCUAAUAUUCGUAUGCGUAUUGUAAGCGAAAGUGGUGAAGCCUUAGGACCCAACGAAUAUGGAGAACUCCACUGUCAUCUUGGACAACAUUGGGGAGGAUACUAUGACAAUAUUGCAGCAACGAGAGAGAUUCAGGACUCCGAUGGAUGGGUUUACACGGGCGAUGUGGGUUACUUCGAUGAUGAUAACUAUCUCUAUAUUGUGGGUCGCAAAAACGAUUUUCUCAAGUUUAUGUCGAAAAUCUAUUAUCCACGUGAGAUCGAGGAAGUCAUAGCUCGAAUGCCGGAAGUGGCUGAAGUUUGUGUCUUUGGCAUUUGGAAUGAGAUCGACGGCGAUGCAGCAGCCGCUUCGGUGGUAACUAAAGCAGGAUGUCAAUUAACAGCCAACCAAGUGUUGGAGUUUGUUGCGGGAAACAUCAGCGAGAACUAUAAGCAGCUGCAUGCAGGAGUUCAGAUUGUCCCGAAUUUGGCUAAGAAUCUUAACGGCAAGGUAAAUCGGCAGGCCGUAAAAGAGGAAUUUCUCAAGGCAACACGACAAAUUUGA